AUGAAGUUGAAUGAUAAGCCACAAUAUGAAACACUUCCGCUCAUUCUCGGUGGUACCGUUGCUCCCGAAGGAUCAUUUCCGUUUGCGGUAUCAAUAAGAGAAAAAGAUACGGAUAAAUUUUUCUGCGGUGGAUCAUUGAUAGCAAAACAAUUUGUCGUCACGGCAGCACACUGUUUAGAUGAAGCACACGAAAUGAUGAUUGGAGUAGGAUCAGUAAAAUUAUCCGAACAAAAAUUAUACAAAGCCGAAAGAAUUUUCCCAUAUCCGGAUUACCAACCACCGGAAAUACUACACGACAUCGCAUUGAUUAAACUUAAAAAACCAGUAGAACUUUCUCCGACGGUUCAAUUGAUCGAUUUUCCAUACACGAAAUACGCCGAUGAGAAAAAUGUCACCGCGUUAGGAUGGGGUCAAACCAGUACAACCGACCCGACAGUGCCGUCUCUAUUGUAUUUGGAAAAACACACCAUCAAUAAAACAGAAUGCGAAAGACGAUUAAGUAGACACAAAACGAAAAUCGCUCCUGGACAAAUUUGUUUAGGAAGUACCGUUAAUUCUGGAAUGUGUUACGGUGAUUCCGGAAGUGCUAUGCUCUUAGAAGAAGAUGGUAAAAAUUAUUUGGUCGGUAUUGUUUCACAAGGAAUUCCAUGCGCUGUCGGUUAUCCAGAUAUUUUCAGCCGGGUUUCUUAUUAUACGGACUGGAUGAAUGACGUCAUGGCUAAAAAUUCAUAA